CGCACUGGAGCACUUCCUGCCUUGAGCCUGUCUGCAAAAGUGCUGCAGACUGAAGGUUAAAUGGUUUGAAAGCUGCAGUAUUCCUUCGCUCUCUGACCCGAAAAGGACUUGGAAUCUCAUCUCGGCUGUUUGCCUGGGAUGAAAGCAAUGGGGGAACUGAUGAAGGUUUUCAUAACGAGGCGAAUCCCUCAAGAGGGAAUGAAGAUCCUGUCAGGAGCGACUGGAGUGUGUGAGGUGUCUCAGUGGGACUCAGAUGAGCCUGUCCCGAGGACAGAGCUCCUCAGAGGGGUCCAGGGAGCCCAUGGACUUGUGUGUCUGCUGUCUGAUAAGAUCGAUGCUGAGGUUCUGGAUGCUGCAGGCCCGAACCUGAAGGUGAUCAGCACCAUGUCUGUGGGGUUCGACCACUUGGCCCUAGAUGAGAUCAAAAAGCGCGGCAUACGCGUGGGUUACACUCCGGACGUCCUGACUGACGCCACCGCUGAGCUGACGGUGGCCCUGCUCCUGGCCACCGCUCGCCGCUUACCAGAGGGAGUGGAGGAGGUGAAAAACGGCGGCUGGAGCUCGUGGAAACCCCUCUGGCUGUGCGGUUACGGCCUCUCUGGCAGCACCGUGGGCGUCAUCGGACUGGGACGCAUCGGUAUGGCCAUAGCUCAGAGACUCGUCCCCUUUGGAGUUAAGCGACUGCUGUACACCGGAAGGGCAGCUAAGGCCCACGCUGCAGAGGUGAAUGGAGAGUUUGUUCCCCUGGACCAGCUUGUGUCAGAGAGUGACUUCAUCGUGGUUUCCUGCUCGCUGACGCCAGAAACUCAGGGCCUGUGCGACAAGGCCUUUUUCAGCAAGAUGAAAAAAACGGCGGUCUUCAUCAACUCCAGCAGAGGAGCUGUGGUGAACCAGGAGGACCUGUACGAGGCUCUGAGCGGCGGACAGAUAGCGGCGGCCGGGCUGGAUGUCACAACACCCGAGCCACUCCCAACCAACCACCCGCUUCUCACUCUGAAAAACUGUGUGGUGUUACCGCACAUAGGCAGCGCCACGUACUCGACCCGAGGCGUCAUGUUGGCGCUGACGGCCCAGAACCUGCUGGGAGGUCUGCAGGGCUCGGACAUGCCCAGCGAGCUCAGCUUCUAGACGCUGGAGACGAGCCGGCCGUGCCUCCUGCCUGCUCCGGUGCUGCAUGAAUAUUCAGUGAAAACCGUGAUGUAACAGCGAGGUAGGAAAAUAACGCUAGGAGUACUACGGCAGUCCAGACAUGUACUAGCAUCUGAAGAAUUUGGUUCGAUCAUAACUCGAACUUCUAGUGAAGUUCUUGGAAAGAAGGCUUAGCUCAUCCACCAUACCUCUGUGUCUAGUGAAAGAUCAUUUGUUGUUUUUUUUGUUUUUAGAAAAUAGUUCUAAUCUUGAAUAAUAAAAUAGAAUGAGUGUUUUGCUACCUUGUUAGAUGUGAUUCUUAUAAAAAUGAGCAUUGCUUGUGCUGAUCCGUGCUUUAUUCAGACAUUAAGGCUGCACAUCUGCACCUAUUAAACAGUAAAACGCUGUUUUCGGGGAGAAAAUAACUUCAGUGUCCAUUUUAUAUGUACAGAAACUUGUCUCUUAGCAUUUAAUAAAAGUGUCCUUAUUAAAUUAAAUUGAAUAAAGUGGA